CCUCAACACCAAACACAACACACUCACUCACACAUUGUCUUUUGGAACUUAGGAAUUACUCAAAUUGCCAAACAGCUAAAAAUGGCUGCUUCCUUCAACUUUGGCUUAUUUCUAAUUGUGAUAAUUGGUUUAUCAUUUUCGAGCAUCCAUGUUACUGAGUCAGCUAGGCAACUAUUGCAAACUAUGCCUUCCAUACCAGCAUUAAUUCCAGCCACCGGUCCGAAUUUACCGGCCGGGGGCGCAGCUGCAAUUCCAUCAUUGCCGAAGCCCACAUUGCUGCCUCCCGCUACUCCGCUACCCACGGCUCUUCCGACGAUUCCCGGAGUUCCUCAGGUGGCCGUGCCUCCCAUCCCAACUGCCGCAACUUCAUUGCCAAAUAUUCCAACAUCAAUUCCUUCAUUCUUCCCAGCCAUCCCAACUUCGAUUUCCUCAAUUUUCGGGAUCCCGGCAUUAUUGGCACCACCGCCACCAUCUAACUAAAUUCCGAGGCCAUCUUUUGGCAUGCGUCAAUCUGUUAUAUGUUUAAUCGUCACACACUUGUUCUUUCUUAAUCCUCGAGUUUGAUUUCGUUUUGAUUUUUACUGAACGCAUCGAAUUCUAUCUUCUUUUCUAGGCGUACAAUUUGAGUAGACUGUCUAUGUUUUAAGUUUGUCACUGUGAUCGAUAUUAUUGUAAUAAUUUCUUAUUGUAUUCGAAUACUACUGUUUUUCCAUUGUAUACGUCCUCG